AUGCAGAAAAAGAUCAUAGUCAGCCCAAUCGUUCGGAAGAAGAUCAACAAGAGCAUUAGAGACACUCAAGAUUAUGUUGAUUACAGUAAUUUUUCAAAUAAAAAUGCUAGAAGUCCAGUCAAGAGGGCUUUUAUAAGAAGAACCAAGCUGAAUCAUAGCAAGACUGAGAAGUCUUCCUCACACUUCCCUGAGAUUAACAAGUUAUCUUCUUCAGGAUUCUUUUAAGAAGUAUCUUGACAAUAAGGCUAAAUCCCGUCGAAAGAAUCGUAGCACAGUCAAGAAGAGGGAUAUCUCUCUUGAUUCUAAAGAGCAAGCUAGUGGUUAUAAUAUCAGAAAGAAGACACCAGAGGUCAGACAGUCUUUUGGAUACAAGACCAAUAAAAAUAUUGUAUCCAAGCUCAACAUGUCUUUUGGUAAUAAUAAAACCUUCUGAAGGGUUGCCAGAAUUAAAAACCGCUGACCCAGUACCAAAAUUGACAGAAUAAACGUUCUCACAAACAUGAACUUAAAACUUAGCAUUGAGAACAAAAUGAUCUUCGAAAACUUAAAGAACCUUAACACUGAGAUAAAGAAGUCAUCGAAAUAAACUGAUACACUUGAACUAUAGACCAAAGAUGGUGCAGAAGGUUAAAGAAAAGAACUUCUUUAUUAAUGUCAAUAGGGGUUAUCAAGAUGAGAAUGAUCCUUAUCGAGAAUCAGAGAAUUCAGAGUAUCUUUUGACGAAAGCGGUGUGGCAUGGAGCUGAUUUUAGAACUCCUGCUGAGAAGAAUAAGCAAAGAAAUUUGAUAGAUGAAAUUGUCAGAAAUGGGUUCAAAGAGUUUCAGAAUAUCAGAAAAUCUAAGUCUAGGGGGAAAGCUGUUCUCAAGAAUAGAGCCUGUCUAGAGGAAAUGAUCAAUAGUGAGCCUAAGAAUCCUAGCAAAGAAAUAGUUAAUGCAAGCAUUGAUUCCUUUGGAAAUCCAGAGUUUGUCCGAAUAAAAACACCAGCUCAAGAACCAAAUUAUUACCAGCAAAGUAGUAACGAUAUAACGUCAGUUCUGGAUGAAGAUAUUAUGGUUCAGAGUGAUGAGUGAAUGCCACCAGGACUUACAUUUACUCCUGAUGUCAUUGUAUCAGACUACUCCCAAGAAAUAGAAGGAAUCAAAGACCAUUCAAAUCCUAUAUUUAUGCCUCAUCAAAAGAAAAAGAGUCGAGGAUGAUCGUUGGCUCACUUAGACACUCCAUGCUUUGACUAGAAAUAA